AUGUCUUGUCGUUCACAGCUCUUCCGCGCCCUCAGAGCGCCCACCUCUGGUAGCAGGAGGACUGCUUCUCUGAGGGCCAAUGCUCUUGGUAGAGGCAUCGUCCACUCCCAAUCGCCUUUCCGAUGCCUCUCCACCACAGCCGCGAGGCUCGUUACUCCCACGCGGGCUCAGCAAGGCAAGCUAACGUCCGAAAUGUACCCGCAGCUCGAGCGCGACUCAAGGUUCGCUCAAGUGACGCCUGAGCAUGUCGCGCGCUUCCGAGAGAUCUUGGGCGACAACCCCUCGGCCAUUAUCGACGGUGUAACAAAUGGAACGGGCGUAGACGCUGCCGAUUUUGAGACGUACAACGAGGAUUGGAUGCACAAGUACAAGGGCCAGUCCAAGUUGGUGCUGAGACCAGGCACUACCGAGGAAGUCAGCAACGUCCUCAAGUAUUGUAACGAGCAGCGUCUGGCUGUUGUGCCUCAGGGUGGAAACACAGGCCUCGUGGGAGGCUCUGUCCCUGUUUUCGAUGAGAUCGUCAUUAGCAUGGCCCGCAUGAAUGAGAUCCGCUCCUUUGACGAGGUCAGCGGCUCUCUCGUUAUUGACGCUGGCUGUGUCCUUGAGGCUGUUGAUACGUACCUUGCCAAAAAGGGUUAUAUCUUUCCUCUCGACCUCGGUGCCAAGGGCUCAUGCCACGUUGGUGGAAACGUUGCCACAAACGCUGGCGGCCUGCGAUUGCUCCGUUACGGCAGUUUGCACGGCACUGUGCUUGGUGUUGAAGCCGUUCUGCCUAACGGUACCAUCAUCAAUGACCUGUGUACCCUGCGCAAGAACAACACUGGCUACGAUAUCAAGCAGCUCUUCAUUGGAGCUGAGGGAACUUUGGGUAUUAUCACAAAGAUCGCCAUCCAAUGCCCUCAGCGAUCACCUGCAGUCAAUGUUGCCGUUUUUGGAUUAGAGUCAUACGAAAAGGCUCAGCUUGCUUUCCGUGAGGCUAAGAAGCAGCUGUCAGAGAUUCUCUCCGCCUUUGAGCUGAUGGACGGCCGUAGUCAGAGAAUCGUUUCAGAGGUCAAGGGCCAGGAGCAUCCUCUCGAGGGCGAGUAUCCUUUCUACUGUCUCAUCGAGACGAGCGGCUCCAACAGCGAGCAUGACUACGCAAAACUUGAGGCCUUCCUAGAGGAUGUUAUGACCCGUGAGGUUAUUGCCGAUGGCGUCGUUGCCCAAGACGAGACACAGCUUCGCAACUUGUGGGGCUGGCGUGAGGGCAUCACCGAGUGCCUUGGCCACUGGGGCGGUACCUACAAGUACGAUAUUUCAAUCCCUCUUAACGAGAUGUACAAGCUCGUCGAGGACACAAAGGCCCGUAUGACUGAGGCUGGCCUAUUGGGUGACACACCCGACCACCCAGUCGUUGACGUCCUAGGCUAUGGCCACAUGGGCGAUUCCAACCUGCAUCUCAACAUUCCCGUGCGCAGAUACGAUCCCGCCGUCGAGAAAGCCUUGGAGCCUUGGGUAUACGAGUGGAUUCAGAAGCGCAACGGCAGCAUCAGUGCUGAGCAUGGCUUGGGAAUCGCCAAGAAGAAGUUCAUCGGCUACAGCCGAGACGACACCACUAUCGGUGUGAUGAAGCAGAUCAAGAACCUAUUUGAUCCUAAUGGCAUCAUGAACCCCUACAAGUAUAUCUGA